UUUAAAUAAUUAGGAGCUUCGGUUUAAGAAAUUAGGAGCUCCAGCUUAAGGAGUUAGGAACUCCAGUUUGAGACUUAGUUUGCUUCAUCUUCAGGAAUCUCCUGAAUCGGAGAGAACCAGCAAAACCUUUAAAAAGCAGUACUCCACACUCCGAUACUCGAGUAGCCGGCGUGAGACCGGCCACGAGAUUGUGUCCCUGGCUAUGGACAAACUCCCAAUAAUCCCUCGAAGUGGUAUUAUUCACAACAACGCGGACCACCAGAAGGAGCGUCAAGAGAGAGCAACGACGACGACGACGACGACGACGACGACGGGGGUGGCGGUGGCGGCGGCGGUGGUAGUCGGUGGUGCGGAGGCACGAUGCAGCACAAGAAGCGGCGCGAUCCCCGAUAACGCUGCCGCCGAUCGUCGAUUCCCUAUCGCAUCGGCGAGAGGAGAAGAAUACACUCAAAGAAGACGCUCGGGAAUUGCUGAUACGUCGCAGCCGAUCAGCUGCGCACGUCGGAGACGUCGGGACGCUUUGGUCGCGAUCGCGCGACCACGUAGAAAUACAUGGCACGCGGAAAAUAAAGGCGGAUCGUCAAGGAUCGACGUUAUCGGUGAUCAUGCAGAGCGGGACUGUGCUCUCGAUGCGACGGACUCGGCAGGAUUUUGGAACGUCAGGACUCCCGACGACGACCGCCACACUUGUUGCGUCUCGAUCGACGCGGCCACGUUUCUCGCGCGGCGUGGACCAGCCUCACCAGCCCGCGACCUUAUCGUCGAACGGCGGCAUCGACGAGCUGGUAGUGCCCUGCUGACUCGCAGCAGGUCCAUCGGGGGAGGUGAGGAGAUAUUUCGCAGCACGGUGAAUGAUAUUACGAUAGGAAGGGAAGAUCGGUUUUUCGAGACUCCGCUCGUCGGUACCACGGAUUUUCCCGAGUGCAACGGACGUACCUUAUCCAGCAACGCUUCAAGUAUCGUGCUCCAUGGAGUGAACGGAGGAUCAUCGACAACUGUCCGCGACGUCCGCGGAAGACCGAUCGAUAGCGACGUCAACACGGAGAACCCUCGGACCAGUGGUCCCGCCAGGCUGAUCGAAAUCGGUAUCGUCGAAUCCUCGUGCGAGGAGCAACCGUGCGUUCUCGCUGAGGAGAUUGUACGCCGAAGAGACACCUCGUCUACGGUGCGAUUUCCCGCGAAACUCGAUCCCGGUGGACGUGCGUGGCGGACCAAGGCGGACACGCGCUGGAGAUUGCCGAGGAUCGGCCUCGUCCAGCGAACUCUUCUGCUGGGACUACUCGCGACGAGUCUGCUCUGCGACAUGGUGCUGUCCGCGCCAUCGUCAUCGUCAGUUCUCGAGGACGAUGUCGAAGAGGAAGAGCUAGGAAUGCCGAGGAACAGCCUUGGCGACGACGAGCUGGAGGUUAUCAGGAGGAGCAUCGUGCAAGGCCUCGGGCUCCAGAGGAUACCUGAUCCUUCGAAGGCGAACGUGAGCCAGGCCGAGUACGAGAGAGCGCACAGAGAGUACCUGAAACAAGUGCAGCUGUCGCACGAUGGACAGAAAUUUAGAACGCGACGGGACCUCCAUGUAUUCCAGGCUGCUGAGCAUCCGGGGAACAAAUCGAGCCUCGGCUUCAGCCUGAGGGGAGGGUACCACCGUCACUCCCUGUACUUUCCCGUCGUGGUUUCCGGCGACGUGGAGGACGUUACGGUCGAUCAUGCGUCCCUGAGAUUCCUUCUCCAAGGCGAUCACAGACGUCCACGCGAUCUCGAGGCGCUGGUCUAUCUCCGCACGCCAGCCUCCCGGCGUCUCCUGCUGCGGCGCAAGAUCCCGCAGGGCGAACCGACGAGUUCCCGAUGGAUGGAAUUGGACUCCACCGAGGCGGCUGCGAGCUGGCUCGAGUACGCUCUGGAAAACCAUGGCCUCGAACUGGAAUUUCUUCACGACGGUCGGCCGACGCGGCGCGAGGUUUCCCACGCAACGUUCAACGUGUUCACCACGUCGGAGUCUGGAAGUGGUAGAAGGAAGAGGUCCACUCCCGAGGAACUGAUGCCGCUGCACAAGGGCCGGCGCAGCCGGUGCAAGGGUGACAACAAGAAAUGCUGCCGGCACGAGCUGACGGUGAUGUUCAAGGACCUGAAGGGCUUUGAGUUCAUCGUAUACCCGAAGGGCUUCGACGCCGGUUACUGUAAAGGCCGUUGCCCGCCCCGGUACAAUCCAGCACAUCAUCACGCUCUGCUGCAGAGUUUGUUGUGGAAGGAGGACCGGAAGAGGGUACCUAAGCCGUGCUGCGCACCCAGCAAGCUCGACCAGCUGAUGAUCGUCUACUUCGACGAGAACCAGUCAACGCAGCUGAAGGUGUCCUACUGGAAGAACAUCCAGGUGUUGGAGUGCGCCUGCUCGUAAAGAAGAGGAGAGGAAAAGAGAGUGAAACAGUCUACCAUGGCCGAGGACUCACCAAAGAAUCGUCCGAAUUGCGGUUCGGUGAUGCCAUCCACAUUUUCGCGUUAAGAUAUAUUACAACUAUUAAUAAAUAUACUGAUAAUGGCGAAAGUAAAAAGAAUGUACCGUCGUUCGACUUUAAGAUUUUCGUGCACGUUCCGCGUGACCCUCUAGACUUCCAUUACUUCUCUCUUUUCUUUCUUCAUACGAUUCGGACGAUCCAAGGCAUCACCGAAUACUCAGACCCUGUAAAAGCUCGCCCAGAUUCAGGGUCUCGCAUCGACUGUGAUACUAACGAUAUUUACUUGUCAUUAUAUUCCUUAUUAUAUAGCGAUCGUAUUUUAUAUUAUUAGGACAUUCUCACUAUAUCCAGACCCGGCUAAGUGGAAGCGAAUCGUUGCGAAUCGUUGCGAAUCGUCGAUAAUCGUGAGCAACGACUACCCUAACAGAAAUCCAAUAUUGGCCAAUGCAGGCUAAUUUAUUACUG